CGGGCACUUACUCAAAUCAUUGAAUCUCAGCUAGAUCGGUUUAAUUAUGAGACUUUAGUUUCAGUCAAAAGACAUGAAAACAAUUGACUGACUAUUGUAUGGGCCUAAAAAUUUCAUCUUGUUUCAGCACGAAUAAUAUUUAUUUGUUUAUUCAAGAGGAAGAAAGACUUUGAAUCAGAGGCAGAAAUUAUUUGAGUGAAUUCGGACAAAUUUCCUACUCUAUAAUUUCCUGCUUUCAUUAAUUUUUUGUCAGUUUUGAGCAAUACCGCAGCACAGUUUUUGCUGUUGCGGAUUUUUCUUCUUAUUUCUUUCUCUUAAUCUGUAAACAUUCGGACUAAACGGAAAAAUCCGGGGAUGGCGGAGUCGGAGGAAGGAGAAUCAUCAGACGGUUACGAUAAUGAUGCGUGGCUUUAUCAGGACGAUUCACAAUACAGCCUGGAAGAUGGAUGGGACAUGACUCAACUGAAAGAGGAAGAGUUUGAGGAAUUUUGUGUCUACAUCGUACACGACCGUGCCUGCGAGAAGGUGUGCAGGAAUCGCGCACAGGCCUCUCUACCACGGAACCUCACACUCAAGCCCUCACUAACUCAGCCGGAUCAUGCACAAGGGGUUUGGAGUGUUGACUACAUCCCCAGAGGUACCAGGUUCGGACCCCUUAACGGUGAGAUUACCAAGGAAGAGCCGCUAAGACGUGGAGAUACAAACAGAAUCUGUCUCUGGAAGAUAUUUAAAGACAAUAAAGUUUGUGAGUUCAUGGACGUAGGCGACACAAGUCACAGCAACUGGAUGCAUUACGUUAACUUCAGCUACAACUCUGGACAACAGAACGUAAUCGCCUGUCAGAUAGACUACAACAUUUAUUUCUACACAAUAAAGCCCAUACCGCCCAAUACGGAGCUUCUUGUGUGGUAUUGCAGAGAGUACGCAGAGAGGCUGAAUGUUCCGAGAACAGGCGAAGAAAUGCUUCAGGCAUGGAAAAGACAAGUUGUCAAUCAGCAGGUUCCAAUGCCGUUACCGAUGUAUAUCGAGGAGCGUCACCUGUGCCUGAACCGCCACCUUUCAAGAACGCCACCUAAAUCAGUAAAAGAAAAAUCAGCGAAAGACGAUCAUUGUGACAGUGAUGACAGUGGUGUGAGAGAAGAUGGUUACGCUAUUGACUACAGUCUACAUAAACGUGAUGGCAGUCCAACAAGUGACGACCUGGAUCAUAAUACGCACGGAAAACGUACAUCUUUUAGUGGAGAAGAUUCUUUAUCACCCUUUAAAAGUCCAAAAUUGGGUACUGGUUCGGGAAGUGCCUUCACGAGUAAAAUCUCACCAAUCAGCAGUGUUAGAAGUAGUCUACCAAGUAUCAUGGCACCAUCACCUAUAAAACUUUCACAUAGCACCCCUAAAAGAAGUCCGAGCAUGGGCUUUUAUGAGAACUUGUUUUUGAAGAAAAUGAAAGAAAGUAAUGAACAAGAUUCUGAACCAAAGUGGAAGGAGCCAAAACUAAGCCCUACUAGUCACGACAUGAAACAAGAAGUAAAAGAUGAAGUAUCAAAGGACGUUGAAAAGAAGCCUGAUAUUAGUCAUGGAACAAAAGACAUGAAAACACCAACGUCUGAAUCAUUUAAUCCAUUUCCUUUCAGACCAUUUGGUAGUAGUUUAAUGGACAAACCAGUCAUGCCACCAUAUCUAAGUAUGCCAACAGAUGAGAUGUAUUCUAAGUUUAUGACACCAGGAAAGAUGCAACCCCCUGCUGGACCAUUGUAUUUCCCUCAGACUGGCCUACCAGGGAUGUACCCUUUCGGUCCAAUGUAUCCAUUUAACCACUACCAACAGCUGCCUUGGCCGAUGUUUCAUCCUCCAUAUCCACCAAUGGGCAUGAACAAUCCCCAGCAUCAACAGUCAAUACCCCCACCUGCGCCUCAUUUGCAGCAACCGCCAUUCCCACGCCCACCACCAAGCCAUUCUGGACCCCCAAGUGGAGAUCCAUUAAACCUCAGCAUCAAACAUAAAUCUAAUAUAGACGGAAGGGGCCACAGAUCCUUGCCAUAUCCACUCAGGAAAAAAGACGGGAAAAUGUUAUACGAGUGCAAGUUCUGUCUGAAGACGUUUGGUCAGCUAUCAAAUCUCAAAGUCCAUCUUCGGACACAUACCGGAGAAAGACCGUUCGUCUGUAAGACAUGCGGGAAGGGAUUCACACAGCUUGCCCAUCUACAGAAACACCAUCUUGUCCAUACCGGUGAGAAACCUCAUGAGUGCCAGGUGUGCCACAAACGAUUUAGCUCCACUUCAAAUCUGAAAACGCAUAUGAGAUUACACAGUGGUGAGAAACCGUUCAUGUGUAAACUUUGUCCUGCCAAGUUUACACAGUUUGUACAUCUUAAAUUGCAUAAAAGACUCCAUACCAAUGAGAGACCUUACGAAUGCCCCCAGUGCAAUAGAAAAUACAUCAGUGCAAGUGGACUAAAAACUCAUUGGAAAACUGGAAACUGUAUUCCGUCUGGAAUGAGUAUGGACCUUAGUAUGUUGAUACAGCACACCACAGAGGCGGCGAUAAAAGAAAUGAGUGAGUACGGGGAUAUGCAUGAUAUCGCUAUGAUUGACAAUGGUGAAUACGAAAAAUUUGAAAAAUCUGACCGUAACGGUUUGAGUCCCGAAAAAGAUGAUAAAAAUACCGAUGACAAAAGUGAAAAAUCGUUUGACCAAGAACAGUUUGACAAAUAUCGUAUGGAGAGACUGGGGUACAAUUUAUUCGAUAAGGAAAGAAUUGACAGUACUAACCAGUCUAUAGGAAGUGAACCUUCUUCCCCUGUAGGUAGCGAUGGAGACAGUCUACAUAGUGAUGAUAUGGAUCAAUUGUCACCACGGCAACCACAUGAACUUUCACCUCAGUCUGAUAGUUCUCAAGGUCAAAGGUUAGACUUUCUCAGUGAACCAAGACAUUCAGGUGAAGAAAAAUUAGAAGAAUCAAAAAGAGAAUAUGAACAACCGUCUUUCAAAGAACAAAGCUACCAACCAAUUGACUGUUCAACUAAGUGCUAGAUAAAACUAAUUUAACAUUUUAAUUUCUGUCUCAUUUUAAACCUUAGUAUGCUAAGCUUUUUUAGCUCACCCGAGCACUUUGUGCUCAAGGUGAGCUUUUGUGAUCGCCCUGUGUCCGUCGCCCGUCGUAGUCAACAAUUUGACUGUUAACACUCUAUUUUGGCCCAAUCUUAAUGAAACUUGGUCUGAAUGUUACCUUAAAUAAAAUCUUCGACGAGUUCGAUAUUGGGUCAUCUGGGGUCAAAAACUAGGUCACCAGGUCAAAUCAAAGGAAAAGCUUAUUAACACUCUAGAGAUCACAAUUUUGGCCCAAUCUUCAUGAAACUUGGUCAGAAUGUUACCCUCAAUAAAAUCUUGGACGAAUUCGAUAUUGGGUCGUCUGGGAUCAAAAACUAGGUCACCAGGUCAAAUCAAAGGAAAAGCUUAUUAACACUGUACAGGCCACAUUUAUGACUGUAUCUUCAUGAAACUUGGUCAGAAUGUUAAUCUUGAUGAUCUCAAGGUCCAGUUUGAAUCUGGGUCAUGUAGGGUCAAAAACUAGGUCACCAGGUCAAAUCAAAGGAAAAGUUAGUUAACACUCUUGAAGCCACAUUUAUGAAGUAUCUUAAUGAAACUUGGUCAGAAUGUUAAUCUUGAUGAUAUAUAAGUCAAGUUCAAAUCUGGGUCCGAUGGGGUCAAAAACUAGGUCACUGGGUCAAAUCAAAGGAAAAGCUUGUUAACACUCUAGAGGUCACAAUUUUGGCCAAAUUUUAAUGUAACUUGGUCAGAAUGUUACCUUAAAUAAAAUCUUGGACGAGUUUGAUAUUGGGUCAUCUUGGGUCAAAAACUAGGUCACCAGGUCUAAUCAAAGGAAAAGCUUGUUAACACUGUAGAAGCCACAUUUAUGACUAUAUCUUCAUGAAACUUGGUCAGAAUUUUAAUCUUGAUGAUCUCAAGAUCCGUUUUGAAUCUAGGUCAUGUAGGGUCAAAAACUAGGUCACCAGGUCAAAUCAAAGAAAAAGCUAGUUAACACUCUAGAGGCCACAUUUAUGACCAUAUCUUAAUGAAAUUUGGUCAGAAUGUUAAUCUUGAUGAUUCCUAGGUCAGGUGAGCGAUACAUGGCCCUCUUGUUUAAAUUUAAGAUAUUUUGUUUCAUGGAUAGUUGUAAAAGUAAUGUUAAGUAAGAUAAACACAUAAAUUUGUCUUGUCUAAAGUAGGUAACAUAAUGAGGAGUGGUUGCAUGAUAUAGUUGACUUGUCUAGCUGAAAAUUUUUUAUCAAAAGAAACCUUGCAAAUUCUGUACACAGAUUAUGUUGUUUAAAAAUGCAUAUAUGUUGUGUAAUCUUCUGUAUUAAGUAAAUUACUGACUUCCUUUUGGAUAACAUUUUUUGCAAGAAAUUGCUUUAAAAAAAGUUUUGUUUUAGUUGAAAUAAGAAUGACCUUUUUACCAAAUUUUAUAUUUCACUCGUGCUUAUGGUUUUUAACCCAUAGCAAUUUGUUUAACCAGAUUAUGUGCAAUUUUAUCAUCUCAUUUUGAACAAGGACCAAUUGUCUUAGUUAUUCAGGGGAUCACGUUUUUUAUGUUGUAUAUUUAAUGCUCAUAUGUGUAUUGUUUUAGCUUCACCAUCAAAUAUGUCUUGUUACAUCAUAUUUACAUAUCUUUUUUUUUUUCAAUGCUAUAAACAGCUUUAAUUUUUUUUCAAUGCCAUAAACAGCUUUAACUGAUUUCAACUAACUUUUUCUCUACCUUUGCAUGUAAGCCUUUUUUUUAAACCUUAAUUAGGGAUAGAAGACAAUAAGGGCAUUGGAAGCUGUAUAACUGAAUAAGAUGCUUAAAAGGGUAGAUAACUUCCUGUUAAAGUUGAAUUGUAAAAAUUGAAAAAUUCAUCUAACAAAAGAAAGUGAUGAAGUUGAUUAUUUUUGAAGUAAAAUGCCUCACAGUUAAAAACUUUUGCACAUAUUUCAUAAAAAACUUUUAUAAAAAAAUAAGAGGAAUCUUUAUUUUGAAAAGAAAUACCUAUCAUAUGAAAAAAAAGCAAUGGUUCUACAUGCCACCUGUGCUUUUUUCCACUCCUAUCUGGCUCAAAAUACUGAAAAAAUUCAUUCAUAAAGAAAGUCAUUCAUUAAACAUGCAGAUAACAUGGUUCUCCUAUCAGAUAUCUGAUAUAGUGUUUAAGGCUGGAUGCAAAAAUCACACAUUCACUCUCAGAAAAUCUUAUGGCCUGAUUGUGUCAUGAUAGAAAGAGGGAAAUAUGGACGAAAAAUAAUUGAUUACCUUCAGUAUCAAUUUCGUAUCAAAAUUUUAGUAAGAAUUUGUUAUGUAACUUGUCAGUUUGCUAGAGUCCUGUAAAAAGUAAAUUUUUCAUAUCUUUUUCUCAGUAUAGGAAAUAUAUCCUGUCAGCUUUUUGUACUUUCUUUUUAAUUCUUGUUUCUGUUCAUUUUUUUUUUUUUUGAGAUAUCAUUUUGUAAGAAGAAACUGUUAUUCACUCUGAUCUUUUUUUUUUUAUAGAUUUACACGGAUGUGAGAGUUUUAAGUUAUGAAAACACUCUGCAAAAUUUUACAUACAUUGAAUCAAUCUUGUUUUCAUUAUUUGACAACAGAAACUUAAGCAGACAGUUUGGCUGAUAACUCUACCAUUAAUUUAUUCAGAAUUAUUUAUCAUGAAAUUUAGUCCGGUUGAGAUUUGGUGUAUAUAAGAUCUUCGGAAUGAUUAUGUCAAUUUCUGAGAAAUUUAAUAGAAAUCAAAGGAAAUUGUAUAUGAUGGAUGUCUAAUAAAUAGAAUAGAUCCAUCUCAUUUAAAUUUUCAGAUAAUGCUCCUAUCAGAGUCUCAUAAAAUGGAAUACAUACAAAAUGUAGAUACAGCAUUUUAAAAUAAUAAUAAUUAAAUGGUAUUAGAACCUGUAAUGCAACUAGAUUGACUUGAAAUUGGCAAAAAAGAGAAAGUAGCAAAUAUUUUUCAGUUGGCGACAUGCUCAAUAUUUAAUUUUAAUUUUAAUUUAGGACAUAAAUGCUCUGAAGCCAUUUUUUUCACAAAUAUUGCAAAUAUAGGAAGAAUUUUAGUCUGUCAUUUCCAGUCAGUAUUUAUAGUUUGUUGAAUAAUUUGAUAGUGUUUUUGUGAUUGAGUCUGUGCCUUGUAUUUGUGACUAACCCCCUAUCCAUGACUGUUGCAGGUUAUAGCAACAUUACGUUUGAUGUGCAAUUAAUGAUAGUGUAGUAUAGAUUUCAUUGAAAUCCAGAUAUUGUUGAAUAUAUGUAAAAAGUUCAUUUGUCAUAAAAUAUUCUUCAUGAUUGCCAAAAUUCAAGAGGUCUGUCCUUGUGUCUUAUUGGAACAUUUUGGAAUGCUCUUAUCAAAAUUUAUUUCAGGGAACCAGUUUAUGGGACACUCAUAGCAAACAUUAGUUCCAGGGUACCAGUUUAUGGGACAGUCAUAACAAACAUUAGUUCCAGGGUACCAGUUUAUGGGACACUCAUAGCAAACAUUAGUUCCAGGGUACCAGUUUAUGGGACACUCAUAGCAAACAUUAGUUCCAGGUACCAGUUUAUGGGACACUCAUAGCAAACAUUAGUUCCAGGGUACCAGUUUAUGGAAAUAAUCCUGAAUACAUGAUUCUAACAAAACUUUAAGUGUUGGGGUACCAUAUUACCAUGCCUUAGUUAAGAUAAAGUUAUCAUUACAGAUAAUUUCAUUUACUCACGGUUGUGUUGAUACAUAUAUAAUUCAAAACAAAAGAGGAGUAGUAAUAUUUUAAGAAAUUCAAAAUUCUUUUUCUGUAAUUAAGUGCCAUUGAUAAUACUACAUUUUACAUGUAAUAAGUAUUAUAUAAGCGUGCAUAUUGUACAUGUAUCUCAUAUAUAUAAAGCAUAAUUUUAAGUGUAUUUAAUCAGUAUUUUAGACUUUUGUGUAUAUCCAUGACAAAAAGUAUUUAUUCUGAAGCAUUUGUUUGACGUUCUUGUUGAUAAUCAAAAUGUAUAAUUUAUAUAUUUGUUUACCUUUGAAAUGGCAGUAUUUUUUGUUAGAGAGGGUACUUAGGAGCCAUGUCACAUUAAAAGAUACUAAAACGUGAAAUGAAGUUCUGACAGAUUUUAUUGUGGAAAGUUUCUAUGAAUUAAAACGCAUACAAUUUAAGAAAUGUGAGCUGUUUGAAUAAAAAGAGGUCAUAUGUUAAGUGAAAUUUGAUUUAAACAAAGUCAUAAGAUAUGAUAUAUUCUGUUUUGAGAAUAUAAUUUGUUACUAUGUAUAUCUCUUAGUAAAAGUGAAGGGAAUACACUCAAAGCAUGUGACAGUAACAAUAUUGCCAUACAUAAUCACAGUGCCUUUUAUCAAAUGCAAAAUUGUUUCUUUUGUUGUGACAAUGCACAUAUUUGGAAUUUCUUAAACAAACAACAUAAGUUAGUGUCUUUUAUUGUGACUUGGGUCAAAUAUUGUUAAACUAUCACAUAGUUAAGAUUUUGCACAGCUUAAGACCACCAAUUUGCAUUUUAUUCUUGUAUAAUUAUUUGUUAUUUAUUUUUUGUUUAUUUUGUAAGAUAUUGUACAUGCCAGAGAGUGAUAAAAUUUAAAUGCUUGGACCAAAGUAAAGGUGACUGUUAGAUUUGCAUUUUGUGCAGCAGUCUAAUGUUUUGCAAGAAAUUAAAUGAAAUAAUGGCCACAAAUUAUUAACUAUAAAGGUAUUUGGCAAAAUUUGAAAAAAUUGAAAAUAUCUUAAACAGUUAUCUAACUUAAUUUCUUAAUAUUACUGAAAUUACAAAAAAACAUCUAAAUUUCUCCGAGUUAAAUUGGUAGAUUUAAGUAUUUUGUGUUCUUGGCCUAAAAUUUAAUAAAAACUUAUUGAAUCAGUUAGAAUUAUAAUAGAUCUACCAGAUAAAUUAUAUAUUACUGCAUGCCUUAUUUAUGGUAAUUAUCUUAUAGUGUUCAAGUAUUGAAAUAGAAAAUGCAUUUAAAGUAAUAUGCUGUAUUUAUUGAGACUUUUAUGUCAUAAUGUAUUUGGUCCUUUGUGUUGAAAUAAACAUAUAAAAGUGA